UAGCUACGGUUGAUAACACGGACGGACGGGUUCCUAUCGGACGAAUUGUCACAUCCCUAGCGGUUCACUGAAUUGGUGACAGUUGCGUUAAUAGUCAAGCAAUUGCCACGCAACACUGAUUUUACGUCGUCUCAUCGGUCACGAAUACAGUUUUUCGUCGAUUUCGUAGUAGGCCAAGUAAAGGAAAGUUGUUUUCCUUGAGACGGAAGGUUCAGACGACGGAAUUGUUCCUUUCCACCGGAAUUAGACUUAUGCAGUGGUGUUAGUGCAUCCUAGAAUACUCGAAAAUAUUCGUCUCCGGGCGGUUGGAUAGUAUUGUUAUUUUUGUUGUUUUUUGAGUCACCACCCCCACAUACAGUCGGGAAGCUAAAGAGUGUGAGUUUACGAAGAAGACCCCCCAAACGUGUGUAUGCCGAUGUAUGUGUAGUUGUGUGGAUCCACCAAAAGCUCUCACAAGAAGAGCGACCAAAAGAGAAAAAAUAUUAUCCAUCACAUCAUACAUACACACUAGCGCACGCGAGCUUUGCCAGCCAGCACUGUGGAGCUCAUAGCUAUUGCCACCGCUGCUGCACUUCUUAGGCGUGGACCGUUCGAACGUCGACGUCUCGGGUUUUUCGCAAUCCGCCACCACAGUGUACACGAAGUGUGUUUUUCCGGCGAAAGUGUGUGACAACUACGCCCCAGAGAAGAAAAAAAUUGUCAUUGCAUCGUAGUUUCUCUACAUCCUAGCGAAGUCAAAAGUGGAAGUGCAAAGUUCCUUUAGAAAUUGUGCAAAGUGAGUUACAGAAGCAGUUAGAUUCCGAAGUUCCGUUGCAUCUGUCUGGAAGAAGAUUCCCAAGUUAAAUACCAUACGUACGCAGCUGGGCAACUAUUGUUCCGGAAAACUGAACCUGCAGGAACGCGACGAUUGAUUGCUGGUGAAAAUUGGAUUAUAUUACCAGCUCCAGCAGAUCGGUACAUAUAAUUAGAAAACCACGCGGAACGAAGCCACAAACCUCUGAUCCGUUGGAACGAGUUGCCGGUGCUACCCAGAUCGCCACAGACAGUUAAAAGGCAGCACGACAGCAGCGCCUCGUAGCGCCUACCCUGGAGCACCACCACACGCGUCGGCCACACUAAAGGGUGCCCAGCGACCCGCUAUGACUAGUCCAGCCGGUGGAAUCCCCGGUGGUCCAUACAGAGGAACUGGCUACGGCUACGCACCGACACAGCAGGCGUACCGGUAUACGACUCCGCUGGCGGCGCAACCGGCGUAUGCAACCUACACACCACACACCACUACCACGGUAAGCUUAUUGGCACCGUCGGAAACCACCCUCUAUAACACGAAGCAUCAGUACGGCCAGCGUGUACCAACAGCAGCGUCGCCUAGCAACACAAAUUCCAGCAGCUCAUCCAACACCGGUUCCCAGAGUGGCACACUGAGUACGAGUCUGAGCAAUACCAAUACAAACAACACGAUGGGCCCCAGUAACACGCCACAGCAGACGGAGCAGCUGUCCAAGACGAACCUCUACAUCCGCGGACUACAGCAGGGCACGACUGACAAGGAUCUGAUCAAUAUGUGUGCACAAUACGGUACCAUUAUCUCCACAAAGGCAAUAUUAGAUAAAACAACAAACAAAUGUAAAGGUUACGGAUUUGUUGACUUCGAAUCACCGGCAUGCGCCGAAGGUGCCGUCAAAGGUCUCCAACAGAAGGGCAUUCAAGCUCAGAUGGCCAAAGUGGGUAUCUGGGUGCUACAUAGGCCGGCCAUUCAGCAACAGGAGCAGGAUCCUACCAAUUUGUAUAUUGCAAAUCUACCACUUAACUAUAAGGAAACGGAUGUAGAGAACUUACUAUCCAAAUACGGCCAGGUGAUCUCGACCAGAAUUCUGCGCGACCAAAACGCACAGUCCAAGGGAGUCGGCUUCGCCCGGAUGGAAUCGCGAGAGAAGUGCGAGCAAAUAAUUCAGAUCUUUAACGGUACACAGCUGCAGGGCGCCAAGGAACCACUGCUGGUGAAGUUCGCCGAUGGUGGCUCGAAGAAGAAGAAUCCUUUCAAGAGCCCGGAUCCGAAUGCGCGAACCUGGCGUGACGGUGCCGAGGGCAUCCAGAUGACGUACGAUCCGAAUCUACAGCAGAAUGGAAUCGGUGUGAACGUGGGUGCCCACAUCGGUAUGCCGUACGGACGCUUCGGUACUCCCCAGGUGGGAGGUUAUGCCGUGCCCGGAUCCCAAUGGGUGCCCAGCUACAUGAUGACGCAACCGAUUCAGCAGGUUGAUGAUCAGCAGUAUGUACAAAUGCAGGCACCACAUCUCAGCGUCGGUACACCGUACAAGACUGAUGCGGUGGCCCCGGUACAGCCUCGUGGCGUCUCUAUGAUUAUGUCAAGCGAUAAUCCAGCAGCGGGGGUCCCAUACGGAAUGAUGCCACAGCUCACUACGCUUCAAAUAGGAUCAUCGCAGUACAUUAGCCCAACGUAUCCGUAUUACGCGCCAACGCCGUCAAUCAUCCACACGAUGCAGAUGGGCGAGUCGGAGCAGGCAAGUACAGCGGCUUCCCCGGACGAAGCGUACACCACACAGUAUCAGCAUGCUCCGAAGUAGAGAUCGAUCUAGAUCCUCUGUCCGCCAAGUCUAGAUCGUCAUAACCGCCAGUCGAAGAAGUAGUCUCCAGUCAUCGUCAUCAUCGCCGUCGCCACCAUCACCACCGCGCCGUCGACGUCGUGAAAUCCGCCGCCUCAGCUAACGACAACCAGCAGCAACAAAAACAACAACAGCAAAAUCACAACAGCCACAGCAGCAGUUAUUGAUAACAGCGAACAGCAUAUGUAUAUGUGUGUGAGCGGGAGGAACGAAAGUCAUUCGUCAGCAGUUACUUUCUCCGCCAGUGGGAAAAAAGUGAAGAAAUGUUCUCCAGAGAGAGUGAAUCAUUUUUCAGAACAACUGAUAGAAUCAGGUUGCCAAACGAAAAAAAAAUCAUUUAAAACCUUCCGAUGAAUGGAUCACGUCGAAGAUUCGGUUAAACUUUUGAAAGCUGUUAGAGAUUUGGGACUUUGUGUUGAUUUUCCCAAGGAAGAAUAAGGAACAAAUACCUCAUCUGUGGCACUGUGCGACAACAAUGAUUCUUACGUAAGACUAGGGAACGUAACAAUCAUAGCUCACAGAAUUCUGGACGGGAAACAAACCAAUCCGAACUUCGAUGCACGAUAAGAAGAACCAAAAAGACGUGUGCUAGUGCGAAGAAUUUCCACACAAGUGUUUCUCUAAUAUUUUUUCCUCUGUCCAUUAUCAACGUUUUGAGACAGAAUCGAUGGGGUUCAAUGAUAACGAUUCGCCUGCAAACCAACCGAGCGGGAGCGAAAAACAAUUAAUUAUUGACUGUUACUUUCUUUUUAGUUUUCUGCAUAAGUUUCUGUGAAUUCAGAAAUAAAUAUUGUUGAUGUGUAAAAGCAUUGUGAAGCGAGUAGCGAACGCGUCGAGUGGUUUAUUCGAAAAGUGCUGCACCGUCUUCCCACCACCAGCUGUGGGAGCAAGUCCUGAUUUUGUUUGUUAAGUUUUUUUACAGUUAGUUUAGUUUCUUCCGAUAGCUUUUUUUUAUUUCGUUUUCCAAACAUUAUUUAUUUCACCUUCUCUGUGCCAGCAGAGAGUAACGUCUGUUGAAGGAAGUAAAAUCUCGAACCUACACGAGAAGUACUGAUAAAAUUUGAUCACUAAAAAAAGCAGUAAGCAAACGAUGAUGAGGCGAAAGUGCACAUGCCUCUUUAAAACUGUGAGAAACCAAAUAAAAACGAAAGUUGAAGAAUAAACACGAGACACAGGAAAAAAUUAAAAGGGAUUAGGGAGGGAAAUUUUCUCGAAGAAAAUUUCCAUUCACGGGGGAAUGAAAUGUUUUGGCUCGCUGGUAUUGGUCUAAACCGGCCCAUACCGGGCGCCCGUGAAUUAGGGGGAGGGAAACAAUCAACUUAUAGGCUCCCCCUCGAUUUGAGCGAGAGACGAGAAUGCAAGUCGCUUUUCUUAGGGUAACUUUUUAAUUUAUUUUUGGUCCGUUAGGAAUGUAGAAAAGAGAAAGAAAAAAAAGAGCGGUUAGCUUUCCACUGUUGGAAGUUGAGCAGUUGUGAGAGAAGCAAGGGAGCACGAAGGCGAGGCUCCCGCAGAUGAUAGAAAAGAAGAAGAUAUGCAAAGGAAUGCUAGUUCAUAACUUUAGUUUUUAGUUCUUAGAUAGACCGAUUUAAAAAUUUACAAUUUAGGUGAUCGUAUUUGAAUGAAGCUGAAGGAAGAGUGUAUUGCGAAAGGUAAUACUGUGCAAGGGUUAGGAUCAAUAAGGAUGCGCCGAGCGAAAGAAACUGAGAGAGAGAAAUAGAAAGCAAGAAUAGGGUGUUUUAUCUAUUUUGAAAGAUUUUUUCUAUGAUUUUUUGACUUAGUUCUUUUUUUAUAGUUUUAAGCAAAACAGCGAAAGUAACAGAACCAGAAAACAGGAUGCUAACAUAAAGAAUGAGAGAACGGUUCAGCAAGGAUGUGACCAAGCGUCAACCAGAGAGUGUACUUGGCUUGAGUGGAUGUGUUUGUAGACAACAACAAAAAAGUAUUUUGUUUUUUUUUUCAAAGUGACAGAGAAGCUAGCGAAAAGGAAGAAGAAAUGGUUUUGUUUCUUUUUUUUGUAGUGUGAAUCCUAAGUUUAAGAAUGGAAGAAAUAUCUUGAAGACGAUUCAAUAAAAGUGAAUCAGUGAGAUGAGGCAGAAGUAUGAGAAACUCUGCACUUCACUGAGGUAAAGCCGGAAAAAGAGAAAAAAAAACUGUUCCUAAUCAUUACCGUUUGUAGAUUUACUUGUCUGCUAAUUGGAAAUCAAUUAGAUUGCCCGAUAUCAGUCAGCGAUCUCUUUGGUGUUCGUCCAUGGAAAUGAGUAAAUUGCUGUUGGGCGGAAGAAGAAAAUAGAAAAGAAAGUGUCCCCAUUUUGGUUUCCACUCGAUUUGAUUAAUGCGGUGAGGGGAGCUGUUUACUCGUAUUGUGUAAAUGUGGAAUGCUUAAGCCAGUGAACGGAGCAAUCAUCAAUGAAUUCGUUCUAGCUGAAUCAUGCCUAAUACUAUAACCGUAGUAACGAUUAAUUUCUUAUUGAUUUUCGUUUACAGUUCAGAUUCAUCAGACUUGUUUGGAUAUUACAAUUUCAUAAAUCAAAA